GGCGCGUUGUGUCUGCUCUGCGUGCACCCCAAGGUGUGGAGCUGGGGACAGCGCUGUGCUGCCAGGUUCCCCUAUUGCUUAUCGAUGCACUUUGCCAAGUAACCCCAAGGCAGCAGCACCCUGCGGUUGUUGGUGGUCCCCCAGGAUGGGCUCUGCUCCGCUUUUUGGAGCCCAGUUCCUCCUUGUCCUCCCCCCACCCCAGGGCCUCCCCAAGGUCACGCCAUUCUCCCCUCUCCGCUGCGGAUGGAUCACUCAGCCCAGGUGGUGCCAGGCACUGCUGUUGGCUCGUCUUCACCCUAGGAACGUCCUUCUGCCUGUUACUGCUUUUAUUUUUAAUUGCCUCCCUGCUCGGAUGGGAGGGGAGGGGAGGGCAGGAACUUGUCGGCUCGGGCUGUGCGCGGGCGGGCUGUGAAUUCCCGCGGCGGUCAGUCGGACAGUGAUGUUUCAAUCAGUGCUGCACUCCUGCAGCUUUGGCUCUGCUCUGGAGGCAGCGGCGAGGUCCCAGCAGCGCCCGCAGGGUUGGUUCCAUUGUGCCAACCACCGUCCUGUUGUGCCAGCCACUGUCUGGUGCCGCCUCGCACCUUUUGGGGUGGAGGAGCAGGGCGUUAUGAACCCCGUAGAAGUUAACUGCAUGUACCGGUGGGAACGCAGCUCCUGUGGGUGCCCUUGGUGCCACCUCAGCCUUGCUGUGAUGAGAGAUGCGCAGCCCUGGCUCAAACACUGAUGCUUUUUGGUCCCCGACAGCUCCUCGCUGGGGUGAGGGCUCCUGGAGUGCCGCUGUCACCCACAGCUCCGUUAAUGUUUUUACUGCACUAAAUAUCUGGGCUGCUUCCAAGAGCAGCAUUUAACGCAUGGAAGGGAAAACAUUUGGCCUCUGACCCACGCGCCUGUUAACAGCGCCGUGGUCCACAUUGCUGAAAUGCCGGGGCUAAAAACAGUGCUGGUGACUCAGUUGCUCACUGGUGUUGUCAACUGACUCCGGGUGCGAUGUGCCAAGUUCCCCCCUUCGCCUUCUCCCUUUCAGGGCUGCAUGCUGGGGCUGGGGCUCCGCCGUCCACCUGCUGCUCCAUCUCCGAGGGCACUGCUGUGCUCUGGGAACGGCGCUGCUCCCGCUUCUUACUUCCCACCCUCAACCUUGAGGGCUGGGUGGGCACGGGACCUUUGGUUCAGCCUCGAGCGGAGCUGUGUUGGUGCUGGAUCGGUGUGCUUAGGGCUGAGGGUGGUUUGAGCACCGGGUGCCUCUAAGGAUGGAGAGUGCUCACCUCCAGACCCCAUCCCAGGACAUGCAGUGCACAGAGCAGAGCCGUGCUCCUCCAUGUGCUGAUGAAGACGAAGGGCCCUGACCUUCCUCCCACCAGGUGCCAGUGUCACCCGACCCAACAGCAGCCACACAGCCAAGCUGGGGUGAGGGGAGGCAGCGGGCCAGUCCCAACUGUAUGGCAGCUGCCAGGUGCCAGCCUGCAUUGCUGGCAGCAUGGCAUGGAGGUGGCACAGUCUCCCUGGGGGCUCGCCCGUGGGGCUGCAGGGAGGUGUGUGUGCAGCAUCCCACAGGGUUGAUGGGGAUGCUGGAGCUGCAGCUGGUCUCAUGGUGGAAUGCAGCCCCAUGGGUGCUGUCAGCACAAAGGGGAGGUGGUGCCAGGAGGCUUUGUAGAAGGAGGGGAUGUGGGGCAUCACCCACGCGUCCUUGUCGACCUCCAGCUUUGUCAGGGCCGCGCUGGCUGGAGGCAGCAUGGCUGUCCUGGUGCAGUGAUCAGUGGGAGGGGGACCCCCAGUGCCAAUCCCUCAGAGGGCAGCGGCAGCGUCUGUCCCUGCGCCCGUGCUUGCAGGAGGGGAUGUCACCCGAGGGGCUGCGUGGGGCAGAGCCAACAGCGGGCGGCAGUGGCGGCGUCUAUUUUUGUCCCUCUCUGCCCUGCUGGUGUUGCUGACUGCAGCACGGCACUGAGCACAGCGAGCGGCUCCGGGGCCUUUUUUGCAACUUCCUCCGCCCGCGCUGCUGUCACGUUAAAAGCAGGGUCCUAAAAAUGAGGAACCACGGAGCCGGGCAGGGCAGGGAGGAGCGCGGAGCAGCUGUGACCGGCCAGUCCUGGUGUCCGGAGACCCCCUAAACCCCCCCAUCGCCCCCUACCCAGGGUCACCUCUGUGCCUGGCCUGCAUCCCACCGCCCCGCUGCACCAUGGCAUCCCGCAUCGGGCUGCGGAUGGAGCUGAUGAAGCAGCAAGCACAGCAGGAGGCCGAGCGGGAGCGCGCUCAGCAGCAGCUGAUGAUGAACUACAUGCAGCAGCAGCGCAUGCCGGUGGCCUCCACCCCCGCCAUCAACACCCCCAUCCACUACCAGUCCCCACCGCCCGUGCCUGGAGAGGUCCUCAAGGUGCAGUCCUACCUGGAGAACCCCACCACCUACCACCUGCAGAAGUCACGGGACAAGAAGGUUCAGGCGUAUCUCUCUGAGACCUAUGGGAACAAGUUUGCUGCCCACGUCAGCCCUGCCAGCCACUCGCCAAAGCCGCCCCCGGCUGCGUCCCCCAGCGUCCGGCCCGGCCACGUCUUGUCCUCCUCGGCGGGCAACAGUGCGCCCAACAGCCCCAUGGCCAUGCUCAACAUCGGCUCCAACCCUGAGCGGGAGUUUGAUGAGGUCAUUGAUGACAUCAUGCGCCUGGACGAUGUUCUGGGCUAUAUGAACCCUGAGGUCCACAUGCCCAACACGCUGCCAAUGUCCAGCAGUCACAUGAAUGUCUAUAGUGGGGACCCCCAGGUGACCGCCUCUCUCGUUGGUGUCACCAGCAGCUCCUGCCCCGCCGAGCUCACCCAGAAGAGAGAGCUGACAGAUGCUGAGAGCCGAGCCCUGGCAAAGGAGCGCCAGAAGAAAGACAAUCACAACCUGAUCGAGAGGCGGCGAAGGUUUAACAUCAAUGACCGCAUCAAGGAGCUGGGGAUGCUGAUCCCCAAGGCCAAUGACCUGGACGUGCGCUGGAACAAAGGGACGAUCCUGAAAGCUUCUGUGGACUACAUCAAGAGGAUGCAGAAGGACCUGCAGAGAUCGCGGGACCUGGAGAACCACUCUCGGCGGCUGGAGAUGACAAACAAGCAGCUGCUACUCCGCAUCCAGGAGCUGGAGAUGCAGGCGCGCGUGCAUGGGCUGCCCACCUCCUCGCCCUCAGGUGUCAACGUGGCUGAGCUGGCUCAGCAGGUGGUCAAGCAAGAGGCCGGUGCAGAUGAGGGGAUGCUGCCCCCCCCGGACCCUGAGUCACAGCCGGUGCUGCCUCCACCGCCGCAGUCUCCUUACCACCAGCUGGACUUUACCCACAGCCUGAGCUUUGACGACGGCUCCCAGGGCUUCCCGGACAGCCUGGAACCCGGCCACAGCGCUUCCUUCCCUUCCCUAUCCAAGAAGGAGCUGGACUUGAUGCUGCUGCAGGAUACCAUGCUGCCCUUGGCCUCCGACCCCCUGUUCUCGGCCGUGUCCCCUGAGGCCUCCAAGGCCAGCAGUCGCCGGAGCAGCUUCAGCAUGGAGGACGCGGACAUGCUGUGACGAGGAGCUGCGCCCGCGCUGGGGGCGAGGACUGGGCCUUCGAGUUUGGUUAGUGAAGUCACGGGGCACUCUUCCUCCUGGGGGAGGAGCCCGUCCUGCUGAGCACUUGAAUCUACAUAGGAGUACAUUUUCUCUAUGCAACGGGGGUCUCGCUUCAAGGCUCACCGGGUACCACCAUGUCUUUUGCAAGCUUUUUUGUUGCCCAGAGCUGGAGCCAACCUUCUUGGCUUGCCGUGGCGUUGGCCUGGCUGCAGCUUUUCCAGCCAGGCAGCAUGAUCUCGGCUGCUUCGCCUCCCACUGUGUCCCUGCUGUGCUCCCUGUGUGGGCUCGGAGCUCCACGUCCUGGUUGUGAUGCUCACAGCUCUCUGCCUCGCUGCCCCCUCCCAGAAUUCCCCUGCAGUGCCACUGAUGGCUUUGUCACAGUGUCACCUCCCUGCUGGGGCUCCUCCUGACAGUGCCUCUCCAGGGCAGUGGGGAGAAGCGGUGCUCCAGUGGAGCAAGCAAAUUCCCAGGGCAUGGGAGGGGAUGUCCUAUGGAAUUUUGUCGCUUUGAUGUCGUGGAGGUCCAGCAGCACUGUGUCCAUCAGCCUCCACCCCACAGAAGUGCCUCUGCCCUGAAACACCACACUAUGCUCUCAGCUCAGGAGCAGCAUGUGGUUUUGAUGCUGAUUCUUUGCAUGCAUACUGAGAGCCAACGUCCUGCCCUGCAUCAGCAUGGCAGCCAUGCCAGGGGGGGAUCUGUGCCCAUUGCUAAACCUGAGCAUUACUUCUUGUUCCACUGUUGGCAGCAUGCUCCCAGCCUCACCGGUGGGGCUGUGAGGUGUUGGUCAUUGCUUCCCUGGCAGCAAG